AUGCCCAACAUUGGUACAGCUACGGAUUUCCUGCACACCCUGAACGACGCCCAUCCCUCUGUCAGCUUUACAAUGGAAAUCGAAAAAGAUGGCAUGCUCCCCUUUCUUGGCACCCAGCUCCUAAACCGUGCACCCCAAAUUGAGACGAAAGUUUAUGUUAAGCCUACUAAUACUGGUUUACUUGUCCACUACCAGAGUUACGUUGACAACCGGUACAAACGGAACUUAUUAACAACCAUGCUCGAUCGCGCGUACCGUUUGUCCUCUUCAUGGCUGUAUUUUUCUGAGGAGUGUGAGCGCUUGAAGUAUUUAUUCUCACGUUUGGACUACCCUCACCACCUUUUCAACGCCGCCAUUAAUACCUUUAUUAACUCGAGAGUUGCUGACCAGCAGCCAUUGCAGGCGUUGGGAAGAUUGGCGAAAAAUGAUGUAACCCGAGUAGUCAUACCCUUCAAGGACCAAGGCUCCGCUAACGUUGUUAAGACGCAGUUGAAAGACCUUAGCAUUAAGUUCCAAACCACAAUCCAGCCCGUAUUUGUCAGUCAGAGAAUUUGCCAAGACCUUAAAGAAUGUGAAACCAAACCACAGCUGGUUAAUCAACAGAGCGUAGUGUACCAAUUUAAAUGUAACCUGUGCGAUACAGGGAGCUAUGUUGGUUACACACGUGGGCAUUUAUAUGCCCGUGUGGAUAGCCAUAAAAGCACGUCAUCUUCAGUACGCAAGCAGUACGACAACGACCACGCAGGUACUGUCCCUGAGGACCUUCUAAGCUGUUUCAAAGUUCUCAAGAAGUGCAUGAACAAAUUCGAUUGUCUUGUCAAC